AUGACGUUUGAUUGGAAAGCACCAGACAAAGACAUUUGGAAUCGGACUAUAGCGACUUUUGUUGUCAAGCAUUGGAGAUACGCAUACACUCAGGGUGCUUUUAACAAGGAAUCUAUCACUCCCUCUCACGACACAGUGACUAAUUGUAUGGGCAUAGUGCUCCGAUGGAUUCGCGGACGCACUGUAGACAUUCGUCAAUGUCGUCGGUCACCCGACAAGAUUCUACAGAAGGAAACUCGGCGUAAAAAAAGAGUGCUGUUUAAAUAUCGCGUCGACUCACUCUCUCGUCUGCUGAAAUCCAGUAAGCUGGACAAUCUAACGUCCGAGAUCAUGCCAAAUGUCGACUGUUGCUCCGACACGGAGUGGGACCCCGAAGAGACCAGAUAUCCUUCAGUUGGCCUUGAAUGGCGCAGUGAACAAUAUACUAAGAUACUCCAUCAAAUUGACGGUAUCUCUUUCAAGUACUGUUCAUCUACACGCGGACCUGCACAUGCAUGUAAAAGAUUUGAUCAAUGUCGGAAUGAGGCCACUCACACUAAUCCACAAGCUUCUGUAUGUAUAAGAGGUACUCAAGUACAAAUUGAGAAAUUCAUAGCUAUUCAGUCUGUAAACCUAUUGAAAAACAAUUGA